GUACCUUGCUUUAUCAUAGCUGCUGGGAAACCACGCUGUUGGAAGCCUUCUCAGUGUGACAAGACUUUUGCGAGUACCCUCCUUUCGCUGCUUACCUAGUGUUUAUCCCACUGAUGUGGUAAUCUAUCCACCUACAGUACUACUGCUACCAGGUAGACGCCGCCAAUCAAGCGCAACGACACUGCAACUGUUGCUGAAGCAAGUGUGCAAGACGUUGCCUUUCUACCGGAGGAUGCAUGCCUCCUAGCGCUAAGGUUACCGUAGCUACGUAGCAUAGCUCAUAGACCUAGAGUUCCAGUUCUGCCAGCUCCUGCGAGAUGGUCCUGACCGCGUUUCGUGUUGAUAAGGAGCUGAAGGGCAGUCCGUUGCGAGAUGACGAGAAAGAUCGGCUGGUGCACUCGCUUGAUGUGCGGCCCAGCGGGAGCGCCUCGAAGUCGGCCUCCGAGGACGACUACAGCCGCGAGAACGUGCUUAGCAUCACCAGGGAGCGGUGCGGCUGGCUCAUAACCUUCUGCCUGGGGCUGCUGCUGUCGGCUCUCAUUGUGGAGCGCUUUGAGGACCUGUUGGAGCACCACGUGCAGCUCAGCUUCUUCGUGCCCCUCAUCAUGGGCCACGGCGGCAACACGGGCAGCCAGACCGUGUCCACGCUCAUUCGGGCUCUGGCGCUGCGGCAGAUCGGGCAGCGCGACCUGCUGAGGACCGUCAUCAAGGAGAGCGUGGCGGGAGCCCUCAUGGGCGGGCUGCUGGGUGCGCUCAUCCUGCUGGUGUCGCUGCUGUGGCCGCACCUGGGGGCGGGCGUGGGGCUCACGGUGGGCUUGGCGCUGCCGAUCAUCUCCAUGUGGGCCAACGGAGUGGGGGCGCUGCUCACAAUGCUGGCAGACAGGUUCAAGUUUGACCCGGCCGUGACCAGUGUGCCGCUCAUGACGACCAUAGUGGACGCCACCGGCCUCAUAAUCUACUUUUACAUUGCCGAACUCUUCCUGGACGUCAGCGUCGACGCGGAGGUGGCGCAUGCGGCUCAGGGGGCGGGGGCGGCGGCCGGGUCAGGGAAGGCUACGGCGCAGAUGGUGGCGGCGGCAGCGGCGGCGGCGAGUAAAUCAGGCGCUGCCAAGGCGGUGACGGACACGGUGAAAAAGCUGAUGUCGCCGCCGCCACCCGGGAAACAUGCUCUCAAGGGCAAGGCCAAGAGCCUGUUCUUGUAAGCCGCGCUAGUGCUGCACGCUUCGCGGGAUGUCGAUCAGCAGUAACUGCAGGUCCGUGCAGCGAAGCCAGCAGAGCCUGUGGCAGGGAUGGUUGUGGAUUGCUUGCGACAUGGGGUGAGGCCAGGUGGGGCCGUCGUCAUCUAUAUGACCCUGUGAGUCUGAGCCUUACUGCAUGCGUGGGCACUGUGCGUGCGUGGUGCUUGCUGGUGUUAGGAAAGCACAACAGGGGAAGGCUCGGCAGUGUGCGGCAAAGUAUGCAGUGCGCCGCAAUCGGUAAUACCUGGUGGCGGUGAGUGCUGAUGUGGGUAGGUGGGAGCUUGGGUACGGACAGCACCCCAUGCUGGCAGGCUGCUGAACGGCACUGAUUUCUUUAUGGCUUGAACUGAACUUUUUGCGGGAGCCGUGUUGCAUUGCAGCAAGGUCUUCCGUUCCGAGCUAAGUAAUAAUGGCUCAUGAGUCGUUACUUGUAUGUGGCCCCAAGACACGUUCCUGUGUUACAGUGUUUCGGGCUCGGGUCACAGAAAGACCCACAGCUGUAAAAUAAAUAACACUAGGCGCGCACGGAGUGCCUACUGGCGGUCUGAUGUGGCGGUCCGGGGGCCUGGGACUGCGUGCCCGGGUUCGGGCGUCUGGGGCGGAGCCACGCAUGUGGGUGAUGGCACGGCUGCCGUACACCCCCACUGCAUGCAGCCCAUGCAGUCCCCCCAUGCAUCCGCCCCUGUGUGCCUGUGCUUAUUCUCAACCUAUCGUGCAAAAAUGUAAUGCAACCAUCAC